ACCAGCCAUUGAAGUACUGAAUGUUGCCCCCAAGCCGCUCCUUCACUCACCACCGUCUCCGGCGGCGCCGCCGCGAUCUCCGGCAUCGCUCCGUCGCAGGUAACGGCGACUGCUCUGCCGCCGCCAUACGUGCAUGAAGUCGCGUAUCUUUGUAUUCCUCCUUCGCACGGAUUGAUUCUGUUCCACCGUACAGAGAGGCCGCGGCACCGUCGUCUCCGGCUCGACAGCGCGAGGAGCUCCGGAACACCGCCGCCGCCAUCCACAGAGGGGAUAGCAAAUGGAGUUUUGCCCGACUUGUGGAAACUUGUUGCAGUACGAGUUGCCUCAUAGGGAGCGGCCAGCCAGAUUUUUCUGCCCAACUUGUCCCUAUGUCUGUAAUAUCGAGACCAAGGUUAAGAUAAAGAGGAAGCAACAUCUGGUUAGGAAGAAGAUGGACCCCGUGUUCUCGGAAGAAGAUAGGAGAAAUGGACCCCAAACUGAUGGCGUGACAUGCCCACACUGCGGCCAUGGAAAGGCUAUCUACCAUCAAGCCCAGAUCCGUUCUGCUGAUGAGCCGAUGACAACAUUCUAUUGGUGCCUGAACGAGAAAUGUGGCAAGAACUGGCGGGAAGAUUGAGCUCUCUGUGCCACAGUCACAAAGCCGAUUCAGUACCCCCGUGUGGCCUAAAAGGCAGGACUGGAAAUCACGUUCAACUGGUACUUGGGCCUAGUAGAAACCAUGAUUUCGAUGUUUUAUCCUUUCCCGGAUGUUGCAUGCGCUCCUUCGGCAUCUGUCUUCACUUAAAAGAAACAGAUUGAAUUAGGAGGAGGGAAAAGAAAGCAUUCUCUCCGGUGGAUUCCUCAUCCUGGAACAUGAAAAGUGAACUAGACAGACACGAGAAACAUCACAUAUGACGGGGAUAGUGGCUUGUUAUUUGUUGAGUGCACUAGUGGGGUUGAUGUUGCUAAAUAGGAGUUCCCCAUUGAAUAGCUUGAUGUUGGCAAGAGAAGUUAACCAUAUCUGAUUUUCUAUCCUUACCCAACAAUCUAGGGCUUUAUAGAGAUCGAAUAGAUUAUCUAUGUUAAUAGGUUUGGAUUUGAGUACCCUCAUAAUAAUCUCUUCGAUA